GACAAUGGCCUGGCCAUCACCCCUCCGCUCGGCUGGAGGUCUUGGAACUACUACGGCAUGAGGUUUACGCAGCAGGACAUGCUGCAGCAGGCGGCAGCGGUGACGGCUCGCCGCGGCGGGCGGCCAAGCCUCCGCGAUGUUGGGUACGAUCACCUUGGCGUUGACAUGGGAUGGGAAGGGUGCGGACGGGGUCUGAAUGGGUCGUUCCAUUCAGCUGAUGGGUGGCCCAUCGUCGAUUCCGACAAGUUCCCGAACCUCACCGCGCUUCACGGCAUGGGCCUGAAGACCGGAUUCUAUUUCAACCCCUGCUGGUGCAGCGUCGAGUGGAAGGUGUGGCCGACAGGCAACACCGCCAAAGACGCGGCGACGGUGCUGGACCUUGGCUUCGAC